UGCUGCCAUAAUCAAGCAUUUACAACAGAUGGAAGCUCGAUCUCCCUCUCAAAUUGUUAAAUCAUGGCCAUAUUUUACCUCUACUGGUUAACAAUAUGCUAUAAUCAUCCAUUUUUUCUACCAAUUGGUAUUAUUGCCACGUAACAUUUACUAGCUGAUUAAGGCUGCAGUCUCAACAACAACAAUAACCGAGAAGAUUAAGCUAAGGUUUUCAAAGCUGAAACCCUAGAAGAUCAUGGGUGAGUUUCAUGGCAACAGACCCUACUUCUUCAAGCUCAUCUUUAAAGGCCACAACACUGAGCACCUGCAAAUCCCACCAAAGUUUGUGAAGCAUUUACCGAAAGAAUUGCCUGAUCAAGCAAUUCUUAGGGAUUCCUCUGGUGACGAGUGGCGUGUUAAAUUGUGCAAGACUGCAGAAGGCAUAUAUCUGCAAGAUGGUUGGAAGCAGUACUUUGAAGAUCAUUCAUUGGGGGACAAUGAGUUCUUGCUUUUCAAGUAUAAUGGGGAAAAAUUGUGCUUCGAUGUGAUCAUUUUUGGAAAGGAUGGAUGUGAGAGAGUUUAUGGUUCUGUUAUCAGGACAAAUCAUGAAACUGCCUCCUCUAGUGGUCGACCAAGAAAAACCUCUCUUCGUUCACAUCUUCUCCAUCAGUCUAAAAAGCCUUGCAAAGACAGUCCAGAAAGAUCUAAGGUUUGGAAAAUGGCCGAGUCUUUUACCUCUGAUUUUCCUUACUUCAAGACCUGCAUGUCAAAAUGCAAUGUGGGGAUGGGACCCGUACUUCUAGUCCCAGCUCUCUUUGCUAGGGAACACUUUCCUCAAUGCACGACAAAGGUUGUCCUGCGAAACUCAGAAGAUCAAUCUUGGGAAGUGAAAUAUGCGACCCAUGGGAAUAAUCAUAAGCUUUCUCAAGGAUGGAGAGUCUUUGUACAUGAUAACAAGCUCAAGAUUGGUGAUAUCUGCAUAUUUGAGCUUUUGGCGAAAAAGGAAAUCCUAGUCCAUGUCUUCCGGGCACCGAAAAUUGAGUUAACCUGUAAUAGAGUCUAAUCAAUCAGGUAUUGCGUCCAGGCUUUAUCUCGGUAGCUCCAUGAUUCUCAGUGUUUUCGGUGGAAGUUGAACUAGAACUGUGUUCUCUCUUGAACGAGCACUUUUUUAACAUGAUCAGAUAUCUGUAUUCAGGGAUUGGACUUAUUUUUCCAUAAUCUAUGUAAGGCCUUUUAGAAGGCUCAGAAACCUAAGAGUAUCUCUACUCUGAAUUGAUCA